CCCCUAAUAUUUUCAACAAUUCCUUCAAAUUAUUGAAAUCAAGGUACGCAACAUUAUACAUAACAAAAUAUCAAUUAUUUCAGUCAAAACAAUCAUACCUAAAGAUCUGAUCGCUUAUAUCAUUAGCUGAUAUAUAUAUAUAUAUAUAUAGUAUAUUCAUAAUUAGCAAGAUGAUCAUCCCAGUUCGUUGCUUCACUUGUGGGAAGGUAAUCGGAAACAAAUGGGACGGAUAUCUUGCACUUCUCAUAGCAGGCUACGAAGAAAAACAAGCACUUGAUGAAUUGGGUUUGGUUCGAUAUUGCUGUCGAAGAAUGUUGAUGACACAUGUUGACCUCAUCGAGAAGCUUCUCAACUAUAACACAUUGGAGAAAUCCAACGACAAUUGA